AUGCAGGCCGAACAAAAGCGCCCAGCUCGUUGGCAGCAAGUCGGCCUCGGAUGCACGCUAGCCUCGUCCAAAUCACAUCCCGAUAUGGCAGUUGCACCCACGCAAAAAAGCUGUCGCAUCGUCCCAAGCGCUUGGACCGCUCCGACACUGACGUCGACUUCAUCUUCGUCGCUCACCGUCUCGAUGAGCAAGCAGAAGGCUAUGAACACCCACACCGCCAAGAGAAAUCUCGCCCGACCCUCUUCGGCGCAAGCGACAGGGUACCCAAUCAAGGCUGCAUUCUCAAAGGCAAGGGCAGCAGAGAUUGGCUCGGAAUGCACCGUGCGUCCACCGCCAACACGCUUCACUCCGACCGCGCCCAAUCCCCCGCCCAAUCCAGCCGGCGGGGCGGCUAAUCGACGCGUCCCAGGGUCCAACGAAAUCGCGAUGCAUCGGGCAAAUUCAAUCGUGUCACCUUAUCCCCUCAAGACACAUAAUCAAGCAAAGGCAGAUGCGCAGCAUAGCAUUUCGACAUUCGCAGCCGGCGCAGCAUCCAUACCAUACAGCAGAAACCUACCGCAUAUCCACCUAGAGCCUUCCAACAGUGCUCUCGCACGACGACAGACCCGCUUCAGCGUCAUCAGAGUGCCCCGGGACAUUGUACAACUCGCAGCAUCAGCACACACAACAAUGCAACGACCAGAUCCAGACAGCCUCAUCGGCCCCGACUUUGCCAACGCAACAGCAUCAGCAACCAUACACCAGUCAGAGGCCUCUCUCCGCGAGUCCGCAGCACUGGCAGAGAUCAGCAUUCCAACUCGACAUUACAAACAGCAUCAACAAAGCAUCUGCGGCCAAUUCCGACUUCUCGUUGCACUAGUCUCUGCGCGUCUGGCAGUGGUGCCGCGCAAAAAUGUUCCAAUCCCAGAAUCUUCAGAAAACUGA